UAAACUUUAGAAAAUGUGUAAACACAUCCUGAACGCUCAAGUGGCCAUCCGCUCUCCCUGCUGCAAAAAAUGGUUCGACUGCGCCGAAUGCCACCAAGAACAAGAAUCGCACUCGCUCACCAAAACCACUGAAAUGGUCUUCGCCUGCAAGAAAUGCAAGAAAUGUUUCCGGAAAGACGCGACGGAGUUUGAUGAGAGUGACGAGUACUGCCCGCACUGCGAUAACCAUUUCGUGAUUGACGCUGUGACGCCGACUCCCACGUUGCAGGUCGAGGGUGAGGAUGCGAGAAUUGAUGCCAGAAUGCUCAAAGACGACCGUGUUCGCGGACACCAGGAACGCUCCAUCUUCAACUUCAAGGAUAUUUCCGAUCGCUUGGGUUAGACGCCAGGCCCUGAAACGAGGGGUCGAUGAACGAGAUUUACGAAAUUAUGCAUACACACUACUACUACACUUUACCUAAAUAAUCCCUGUAUAUCACCUGG